ACAAUAUCCUACGUACAUACGUUCUUUCCUAUCUGAUUCAAUUGCAAAAUGGCUAGUGAUCUUCAAAAAUCACACGAAGAUGAACGCGCAGGAGCAGAAAUUGUGUAUGGAGCUGAAGAAUGCUACCGUCAUUCAGUAGAAAUGCUACAAGAUUUAGGGUUUCCAAAAGGAGUUCUUCCUCUUAAAGAUCUUGAAGAAUGUGGAUACGUUCGCGAAACAGGAUUUGUAUGGAUGAAACAAAAGGCGCCAUACGAACAUUAUUUUGCUGCAACAAAAACCCUAGUAAGUUAUGCUAUUGAGGUAACUGCAUAUGUGGAGAAAUGUAAGAUGAAAAAAAUGACUGGUGUUAAGAGUAAGCAACUAUUUCUUUGGGUGCCAAUUGUUGAAAUGAGCAUUGAAGAUCCUGCUUCAAAAAAGAUUUAUUUCAAGACUCCUAUGGGAAUUGGAAAGUCUUUUCCAAUUACUGCUUUUAUGAGUGAGGAAGAAAAGCAAAAGUACUUAGAGAAAGCAAAUGAAUAAUGGAGUAAAAUAUUUCCCUUGUUAAUUUAGUGUAGCUUAUUAUAUAUUUUGCGUACUUUCUUUCCUUGGUGAUAUGAAGCUUGUUUUUCAUCAAUUUUCUUGCACACAAACACGGCUUGUAUGGUCUUCAUCAACUGGUUACUUGUAUUUUUACAAUUUAAGGUACUAUUUUUUUUUA